UAUUUACUAAUUGUUUUGAGGUUAUAAGGCUUUUUAUUCGGUCCAAAUUAAACAUAAUUGUAAUAUAAUCCUGUUUACUAUCAAAUGUAUUUCCUUUCAUUAUAAAUUAUGGAUGGUAAUGACAUUUUAAGGAAGUUUAAUUUGCUAAAUUCAACAUUUGGAUGUCAAAACAGAAGCAUAUCCAUCAUCAAAUCAAAUCUUUUAAGUGGUGUGUGGCUCCACAGGUGCUACUCAAGUGUACACUGAUGCUACAUCAACCAACGUGAUCUAACGUCGGAGAAUUUGGAUGAUCUGGGAUGUGAUCUGAGGUUGGGAAAGUACCGAUUGGAAAUGUCCCUGGUCAUCAAUGCGGGGUUUUCAUUUAAACUCAGAUCAUGUGAGCGCUCAUAAAGGUUCAAAUACAAAAGUUUGGUGAAGGAUGAAGGAUCUGACAUCGAGAUUGGUCCAUCGUGUUGCAAGUGGUGUUUAAACAUUUGGUCUCCAGGCUUGUGUAGCAUGCGGCUUCGUCCACAAAAGAAUCCAAAACAACGAAUUCGUGCUUUAAUGAAGAAAGAUUUCACCACUCUAAAUAAUUACCAGCAGAAAUUAGUUGGGAAGUUGAAAAGCAAGAUUCCAGCAAAUGUUUUGAUUUUCGAGUGUCACAUUUGCAAGAAAACCACUGAGGUACCCAUGAGGAAAAGUAAAACCGAAACUGUACCUGAGGAAGAUGACUUUGUAGCGGUUGAAGAAGUGAAGAAGAAAAAGAAACGGAAGAAAAAAGACGUUUUCGCUGGGCUGAACGCAUCUGUUGUACAGAAGUACAAGAAUUCUCUGGAAUCAGCUGUGAAUGCAAAAUCCACAAAACAUGUCUCUCCAAAUGUUUCUUCCAAAAAGUCAGCCAAGAAACUGAACCUCAAACAGCAAGUCCGUAUGCAUCAGGUGCUGACACAGUCACCUAUUGUCCAGAAAAAGAAAUCUUCGCUUUUAGCAAAUUUUCUUAACAGUAUGUAAAUUGGUAAAUGUUUUAAUGUAUCUACAUGUUAAUAAAUUAAUAGUUUUCAUUAACGUUUAA